AGAGGACGAAGCGACGAACGGCGGAGAUGUUUUCAAAAGCAGCGAUGAACGUCACACAGCCGUAGGCUACGGUUAACGUCCAAUAUUUAGGAAAUAACUCUUAAUAUUGCGUAAUAUUCACCAAUAGUGCAACUCGAAUGAGUCGGUGGAGCGCGUAACCCCGGUUUAAAGGUACAUGAUGAUCCUACUGUGCUGCCGCUGUCUAAGCUAGUCAGGCGCCGCACCAUGGCCAAACCUGGGAGCGACAGAGAUGGAGCCAUGGUGGAUAAGCAGGCCGGGAAGAAGAGUAAAGACAAGUUGUCUCCGUUCACCAAGACUCCCAAGCUGGACCGGAGCGAGUUGCUGGCGAAAGAAGGGAAAGCCAAGUCUUCCAUGAAGCGCAAGCUCUCCUUCACCACCAGUCCGCCCCGGACGGAGGAGCGGGACUCGGACACCGAUGACUCAGACCCAGGCCAGUCGAGUGAGACCUGGGCAGAGAGAUUAGUGCCUCCCUGCAGGAUAUAUGCAGAUAAAGAUGGACCAGACAAGAAAAAGAUGAAGAAGGAGGCAGGGGGCAAGAAGUCCCAGGCGCCCAACCUCCUGUUUGGAUAUCCACUGUCGGAGCGCAAGCAGAUGGCUCUGCUCAUGCAGAUGACGGCCAACAGCCCAGACUCUACACCCAGUCACCCCUCGCAAACCACCCCCGUGCAGAAGAAGGUCCCCAGCGGCGCCUCGUCUCGACAGAAAGACAAGGUCAACAAGAGGAACGAGCGAGGAGAGACUCCCCUUCACAUGGCCGCCAUCCGCGGAGACGCCAAGCAAGUCAAAGAGCUCAUUAGCCUGGGAGCCGACGUCAAUGUCAAAGACUUUGCAGGUUGGACUCCUCUUCACGAAGCCUGUAAUCUGGGCUACUACGACGUGGCCAAGGUGUUGAUAGCGGCGGGCGCCGAGGUGAACACGCAGGGUCUGGACGACGACACGCCGCUCCACGACGCUUCCAGCAGCGGGCACAAGGACAUUGUGAAACUUCUCCUUCGCCACGGCGGAAACGCCUUCCAAGCAAACAAGCGAGGCGAGCGGCCGGUGGAUGUUGCAGACUCCCAGGAGCUGGAGCAGCUGCUGAAAGGAGAAGUUCCGCUGUCGGACCAAGAGGACACGUCUUCAGAGUCUGAAGACCCUCCAUCAGUCAACCCCUCCAGCGUGGACGACAACAUGGAAGACUCCGAAACCGAGAAGGACUCGGACAGCAAACCGGCCACGAAGGCGUCGUCGUCCGUCCCGGGGCUGGACGAGUACGAGUUCAAGGACGAGGAGGAGGAGGAGGAUCUGAGCAAAGCCCUGAACGACAGGCACAUCCUCAGGAGGGAACUACGGCAGCGCGAGAAGGAGGACAAAGACAGGAACCAUGUGGCGGGAAAGCAGAGCGCCAAGGGCGAUUCCUCCACAAAGUCCAAAAAGCAGAAGGGCUCUCGUGUCCACUGCAGCUCGGACACGUCCAGCGACGAAAUGGAGAGUCUGUCCGAGAAGAGAAACUCCCCCACCUGCUCGCAGAGCUCUGAAAGCCUCAGGCCAGACACCAGGUCUAAAAAGGACAAUGCUGAGCAAAAGGACAAGGGGAAGGUCAAGAGGAAGAGCAAAAGCCAGAAUAAAAACAAGGAGAACCAAGAGGACGGAAAAGAGAACAGCAAAACGUUGCUCCUCUCGCUGGCAACCGUGUCUGAGACGGAGAAGGGCCGAGAGGAGGACUCCUUCAAGAUGUCCUUCAGCCCUAAAGACGACUCGUCCGUCCACCUCUUCCACUUGUCGUCCAUUAAAUCCCCCAAACUGAACCACAGCCUGACGGACAAGCAGACGCCGCUCAAGCAGGAGAACACCAAGAUGUGCGUCUCCAUCAGCGACGGCUCCUGUCCGGUGGACGGCGUCAAAUACAACCACUACACAGACGCGGAGUACUGCACCGAGGGCUCCAGCACCAAGGGGUGCAAGCACAAGGAGAAGAGCAAGCAUCAGCAGAAGGACGCCGGCGUGGACGGAGAGGACGGCCGCUCCAGCCCCUUCAGGGAGGGCGGCGUCGGAAACAGCAUCGACGGCGGCGGCGACGGCGCCGCCCGGAAGACCGACGUCGACGGCAAAGUGGUGAAGAAGCAUAAGCUGAAGCACAAGGAGAAAGACAAACACAAGAGGGAGUACGAGGCCGAGCGGGGCCGCCACAGGCAGAAGGAGGCCAAGAAGGACGGCCACAGGAAUCUGGAGUUCGACAGAGAGUUCUGGAAAGAGAACUUCUUCAAAAGCGACGAGACGGACGAGCCUCCGCCGGCCAAAAAAGACGGCGAGGAGAACAGUUCACUACAGAAGAGCGCCGACGCCUCUCCCGGCAAAGAUGAGAGGACGGCGAAGGAAAAACACUCGAGCGGCAAGGAGAAGAGGCCGAGAGAGGAGCGGGAAAAAGACAAGGCCGUGAAAAAGGAGCGGAAGGAGGAGAAGGCCAAAGACGGCAAGCCGAGCGAGCGUGACGAGAAGGCGGACGGCCAGGGCUCAGGGCGGAUUCCUGAGGAGCCGCUUCAGAGCAACAGCAUGAAAGAGGAGACGGAGGAGAAGCCCGUCAGCGGGAUCCCAGCUGAUCAGGAACAGCUGGAGUCCUCCGAAAAAGGCUCACGCGAGAAAACUGACAAGCGGCUCCCGGGAAAGGAGAAGGAUUCGGAAAAAAUGGAGAAGAGGCAUCCGGACAAGGAGAAAAAGAUUAAAACGGAGCACUCCGACAAAACGGAGCCGCCCAACUCGGUGGAUCGCUGGAAAGACAAGGAAAGAGCGGCGGCCGUCUCCUCGCUCUCCCCCGCGGACAAAAGCUCCAAGGAGAACGAAAAACUGAAAUCUUUAACCACAACAAAAAAGCAUGAAGACAGCAGAAAAAAUAAAGACAAGUUUGAAAAACGAUCUGAUAAGGAGCGGCAGGACCGGGAGUACAGCGAUCACAGAGAGAAGGACCGCAGCAGCUCUGAUAGGAAAGGAAAACCUCUGGAGAAAAUCCCAGAUCACAGUAAAUCCGAUCGCUCCAAAGAAAAGGACUGCGACAAGAAAAAGAGAGAUAAAGUAAAAGACGGAGCGCUGUCCUCAAACUCCAAUCUGAAAUUGCUCUUGGAAGAGAAGAAAAGCUAUCUCUCCGAGAGCAGCAAGUCUUUAUCUGCAAAAUCAAAGGAGGAAGCUGCGAAAGCGCCGGAGAAAGAUCGCGACCGGCGAGACCGCGACCGAGACGCCGAUAGACACAAGGAUAAGGACCGGCACCGAGAGUCGCGCUUCCAGCAGGCCAGGCUCGGCAAGGCCAAGCCGGCCGAGGCGGAGGGAGAUAAGCCCAAAUCAAAGGCUUCCCCGGCAGCGCGAGACGCCAAGCCGAAGGAGAAGCGGCUGGUCAACGACGACCUGAUGCAGACCAGCUUCGAGCGCAUGCUCAGCCUGAAGGACCAGGAGAUCGAGCAGUGGCACCGGAAGCACCUGGAGAAGAUCAAGCAGAAAGAGCGCGAGCGGCUCAAACAGCGGCCUCUGGCCGAGCUGAAGUCCAAACUCAAAGACAGAACCAAGACCGAACCGUGCUUGAGCAAGGAGCUGAUGCGCUCCAAAAGCUCCGAGGCGUCCGACGCCCAGGGCAGAGACAAAGCCCCGAAGGACGGUUCGAGCCCCCGGACCAUGUCUCUGGAUGGGAGGACUCUGCCCUCCAUCAGCACCAAGGUCAUGUCGGCGGUGGAGAACUGCCUGAGCAGAUCCCCGCGGCCGGACGGCGAGCGCUGCGGCCUCAUAUCCCGGUCCAUGUCCCUGGUCUCCGUUGCCAGCUCGGAGGACUCGUGCCAGGCCACGACGCUGACGCCCCGGAACGUGGAGUACGACUCCGACAUGAACCUGGAAGCCUCAGACUCCCAGCCGGCGUUCCUGCAGUCUUCCCUCAUCAUUCAAGCCACCAGGUCUCCGUCUGUUCACGAUAAAGACUGCAGCAGUCUUCCAGAUGCUUCUCAGAGCGGCCGGACGCCGCUGUCCGGCAGACACGAGUCCCCGUACCUCAGGGCCAUUCUGGACGAGGACGCCAACCCGACGCCCGAAGGCCGAGCGGCCGAAAGCCUGCCGAAGGCCGGCGUGUCCGCGUCUCCGGGCGAGGAGCCGAGAGCGAGGGAGGCGUCGGAACCCGAGGACAGCGCCAGCACUCAGCCGCUGUCGAAUUCGGUGUCCGAAGCGGCGACGGAGAAGGAGUGUGUGACGCCGCAGGAUCUUCCAUGUACAGCACUUCCACAGUCCCAGACCGGGCCGGCAGAGCCCAGCCCGCCGCCUCCCUGCGACGCCCCGGCGGUGAAGGACUUCCAGAGCGUCACGGAGAACUCGCAGACAGACUCCGGUCAGAACGAACUGGAACAGUCAUCGGGAGCUGCAGCUUCCCCGUCCGCCGAGUCCUCAAACACCAGAACUGUCCCGCAGAGAGACCCGCUCCCUUCCCCCGCUGACGAGAACCAGAACACAGAGCCCUGUCCCACGCCCGCCACCGACCCGAAGGACAACAUCCUGGAAGAUUCUGACAAACCAGAACCAGACAGCAUGGAGACUGGUUCCGAAACCCUGAGGACAGACGGAGCAGGGAGUCCUGUCCCGUCCACCAGCUCCACCGCAGCAGAGUCCCUUCCGGGUUUCAGCAAAACCAACCUCGAGUCCAAAAGUUCUCAAGAGGAUUUCAGUGCAAAUAACCAAGACUGCAAGAAAUCCAGACCUUCCAGUGAGCCGGGCCUCCUUCUCGACGCUCAGACUGAGAAAAAGGACGGCGUUCCUGUCUCGAGUCCCGAACACAGGCCCGACGACGUGAUGGACGUCCCGCAGAGCUCGGAGAACGGCUGCGGCGCCGUCGCUCCCGUCGCAUCGGAGAGCUCAUCCGACGAAGGCCGCCAGGCCACGGAAAGCCCCGCCGACUCCAAAGCAGACGCUCAGCCGGAGCCGAUGGAGGUGACGCCUGCCGACGAGAAACCAGAGUCCUCGUCGUGUUUGGAGGAGCAGAGCCCGAGCGCCGUGCAGCCGGCGGCGCCGACCGACCUCAGCAGCUGCAGCAGCAGCAGCAGCUGCAGCAGCGCCUCCGGAGGAUCCUCCCCACAGUCCGCCGACCGCGACUCCGACUCCUCCGGCGCCAGAUUCAAAGUCCGCUGCGCCGACGAGGACGCGGACGUCCACGUGCCCCACCCGCGCAAGCGGAAGAUGCCCAAGGUGUCGUCGUGCUCGCAGCCGGGCGCCGCGGCGCCGCAGGAGAGGGAGCAGGGCCAGCAGUCCCUGGCGGCCAUCGUGGACUCCGUCAAGCUGGAGGAGAUCGAGCCCUACCAGACGGAGAGGGCCAACCCCUACUACGAGUUCCUGCACAUCCGCAAGAAGAUCGAGGAGAAGAGGAAAGUGCUGUGCAGCGUCACGCCGCAGCCGCCGCAGUAUUACGACGAAUACGUGACGUUUAACGGAUCGUACCUCCUGGACGGAAACCCUCUCAGCAAACUCUGCAUCCCGACCAUCACUCCUCCUCCGUCGUUACCGGAGCAGCUGAAGGAAAUGUUCAAACAGCAGGAGGUCGUCCGCAUGAAGCUCCGGCUGCAGCACAGCAUUGAAAGGGAAAAGCUGAUUGUUUCAAAUGAACAGGAAGUCCUGCGAGUCCACUACCGGGCGGCGAGAACACUAGCCAAUCAGACUCUGCCUUUCAGCGCCUGCACCGUGUUACUGGACGCCGAAGUCUACAACAUGCCUCAGGACGUCCAGAGCGACGACGGGAAGACGUCGGUGAGGGACCGGUUCAACGCCCGGCAGUUCAUGUCGUGGUUACAGGACGUCGACGACAAGUUCGACAAGCUGAAGACGUGUCUCCUGAUGCGGCAGCAGCACGAGGCGGCAGCGCUGAACGCCGUGCAGCGUCUGGAGUGGCAGCUCAAGCUGCAGGAGCUCGACCCCGCCACCUACAAGUCCACCAGCAUCUUCGAGAUCCCCGAGUUCUACAUCCCGCUGGUGGAGGUCAACGACGACUUCGACCUCACCCCCAUAUGAGCCGGAGGACGGCCGAACCGCCGCGGCGCCGUCUGGGGGAGGCGGGGGAGGGGCGAGAAAGACAGAACGCAUGAAAUGUGAAGCACUUAGUAUGUGGAGCACUUAAAAAAAAAAAUUAAAAAAAAAACUUCACUUCAGAGCUCUUAACGGGCCGCCCAGCAGGAGGACCGACAGCAAAACCUGUCAGGGGGUCUGGGAUCCUGGUCCUGGACUGGGUCCUGGUUCUGGCCCGGGUCCGUCAGAAAGGUUUCAAUUGUUUUCGACGUUGAGUGUUCAUACAUUGUGUACAGACUGUGCUCUUAAUUUUUUAACUUAUUUUAUACAUAAGAAAAUUGUGCAUUUGUAAAUAGUCAUGUAAUUAUUGUUUGAAACCUGUAAAAAUGAAAAAUAUUAGAUAUUUUGAUUGUAAACUCGUUCCGUCUGAUGUUUUAAUGGACCAAAGUUGUUUUUUACAUGGAGUGUCCUAUUCUAUUCGUCCGUGAUGUUCCUGUUGUUGUUCAGCAUGUGUUGGCUUCUCUUGUGUUUCUUCUCUUCCUUUCUAUUCUGUUCGUUCGUUUUUUUUGUUUUGUUUUGUUUUUGUUUUUGUUUUUUUUUACCGUCUCUUCCCUCCUCAUCUGGAGCUCCGCGCCACAGCUGGUGUUUCUUCGACUUUGGCAGUGAAAUGCUGUGCAUGCGUUGCGUUCUUUGUACUCUUUUCCUGAAGCGCUGUACUGUGGAUUGAUGGUGAGGUUUACUGACGUGUUCCGCCUCUCUUCUGUUUGGUUUCUCUCUCUCUCUCUCUCUCUCUCUCUCUCUCUCUCUCUCUGUUCUCUUGUUGCGUUGCGGCCUCGCUCCUCAUGUGUUCUCCACCGUGUCUCCGCGCACGUUCCAGUCUGUUGUGGCUUCGGAGGAAGAAAAAAAAAAAAAGAAAAAAGAAAAACAUACUUUUACAGUUUCAAUGUGAGAUCACAACAAAUCCUAUUUUUUCAACAUAUUGCCUUUUGAACGAUAGUUCUAAAAAA